AUGAUUCGGAAACAGGCUCGACAACGGCGCGACUACCUCUAUCGCAAGGCGCUUAUCCUGAAAGAGGCCGAAACGACCGAGAAGCGGGCCCAGCUACGAUCUGCUCUUGCUUCUGGCAAGCCCAUCGACCCCGAAAUCGCAAAGAACAAGGCGCUGCGCAAAGACUACCAAUAUGACGAAUCGCGACCCGAUAGAACUGUCGACGAGGAGAUGGAUCUGGACGACGAAUACUCUCAGCUGUCGGGAAUUUCCGAGCCACGUCUACUAGUAACCACUUCAAGAGACCCGAGCUCACGGCUUCAAAAUUUCUCGAAGGAAAUUAGACUGCUCUUUCCUACGUCCGUUAGGCUCAACCGUGGAAAUUUGAUUCUCCCGGAUCUUGUGCAGUCUAGCAAGUCAAACGGACUCACCGAUCUCGUCCUCCUUCACGAACAUCGCGGUGUGCCAACCGCCAUGACUAUCUCCCACCUUCCACACGGCCCGACAAUCUCAUUCUCCCUGCAUAAUAUUGUUUUCAGAUCAGACAUACCGGGAAGUAUCAGAGGGUCUGUCUCGGAGGCCUACCCUCGGCUCAUAUUCGAUGGUUUCAAGAGUCGGCUCGGACAGCGGGUUGUGAAGAUUCUGAAACACCUUUUCCCUCCUCUUGAACCGCCAACCACCAAGGCCAAGGUAGGCUCAAGGGUAGUCACGUUUGUCAACAACGAAGAUUCUAUUGAAGUGAGACAUCACGUCUUUGUCCGGACUUCGUACGAUUCUGUCGAGCUUGCCGAGGUUGGACCUCGAAUGACAAUGCGUCCCUUCGAGAUUCGCGGUGGUACCCUGGAGAACAAGGACGGCGAUGUUGAAUGGCACCUUACACAGUACACUCGUACUGGUAGAAAGAAGGAGUAUCUGUGA